AAAUUGUUCUUUUUAAACUCUUUCCAACAUUAGACAAUAAUGUUUGUUGAAAUUCCAUUUUUAUUGAAAAAAAAAUUGCGCAUGCUGAAAAAGGGAAGUUGUGUUUUUUUUUUUUCACAGGUUAAUGUCUUACGCGUUAUCAAUGACUGCUCUGCCGGAGUCGAGGAUGAUGUUAGCCAAUAAAGUGCCAGAAAGUAAUGAAUUUCUAAAUUAUGUCUGAGCUAGAAAGAGAUGAUGCUGUGCUCGAUCAAGGAGCAACACCAAUGGAUUUAUCAGUACCUGCACAAGUCUCUGGACAGGCUAACCCAAAUCCAUGCAUGACUACAUCCCCAUCAGCCACUACCAAUCAGAUCACCAUAAGCUCUGCCCCCACUUCAUUGGCAGGCUAUCAGAUUCAACCUCAGCUUAAUUUAGCAACUUAUGGUAUCCAGAUUCAUAACGGUCCUGUGGCCAUGCCUGUGCAUAGUGGAUCUGCUCAGGGAUUGCCAAAUUCACAAGCACAAGUUGUACCUCAAAAUAUCCAGAUGACUAGGACAGGUAUUCCAUUGGUUAGUACAGGACUUGGCUCUGCGCCACUAACAUUUCAUCCCAGAGUAACACCACAUUCAGCUUUUCCAACAGCUCUACCCAUCACAGCGGCGAUGCAGUUAACACUGCAGCGUUUGCCCUCUUCUAAAGGUCAGCCCAUUACAGUUCAACAAAUCCCAUCUGGAACCAUUGUACCAUUUGUAAGUCAACAGUUGGUUACUGCAACAAAGGUUGCAAGACCAGGAAAAUCAACUGUCAGACAUAACAUAAACACCUCAAAGAAUACUGUCCUCCAUAAUUCAUCUCAGAAAAUACUAGCAUCAACUGUCAACGUCCCCUUAAGGCAAAGAAUGACAAGUCCUAAUGGACAAGUUCAAAGAACACCUUUAGGCUCUCAACCAGUUGCUCAACUCACUCCAGCAACCCAAGCUAGUUUUCUAUUACCCAGCGCAACCUUGGUUCCACAACCAGUUUCACAGAGCACCAUUAGCAAUGGCAUUUUGCAAUCCAAUAAAAAUUCUGUGUUAAAUUUGCGCUCUUCAUCACCAAUUGGGACUGCCACUAUUGUUGGAUCUCCUUCGCAGCUGAGCACAGCAACAUAUUUGGGAGGGCAACAUAUCUCCAUUCAACCAAGACCUUCCUUAGCGACAUUUAUUACUGGUGCUCCUACAGCUUUAACCUUGACUGUCACAUCCAUUGCUCCAAGUCCAACUACCCUUCUAACCACAUCCUCUUCGAAUUCUUCCCAAAACCCACCAAUAAAUUUCAAUCAGCAAGGUCAACAGUUUAUACGACCUGUCUCAGGAAUGUCACAAACUCAAGCUCUUCGUGCAGGUAUACCUGUUGUUCUCCCUCAUGGAUCUCUUCCAGGACGUCAGAACCUUUCCAAAAAUAAUCUCCCUCGUAUUGCUCAGAAACCAUUACCACAUGUCAGUACUCUAAAUUCACAACCUGAAGGUUUAGGUGUAUCAGUUAAAGGAAAUUUGCCUCUUACAAAUGUUUCACUGAAAGAUGUAGCUGGUCUGACAGUUUUGGGUCAGUCUACAACAGGUAAUACUGAUGUAACUUUCACAACUACUUCUGAUAGUACAACUACCAGUGCCAUUGUAUCUACAGAAUCUGUGUUGGCAUCUGUUAUACCUGAAAAUAGUGUAGAAGAAAACAAUGGGACUCCUAUAGUUAUGGUCUCUGCUCCUGUUCCUUCAAUAAAUGAUCUGGACAACUUAGAGACCCUUAACCAGUUCAAAUCCUCGUAUACUGUUGAAAUUGAAACACCCACUGCUGCCAAAGAAAAUGUCCCAGUACAAAACAAUAUAAAUCAAUUGUUGCCUCCUGCUGAAGAAUUUAGGGUUGUUGUUGAUCAAAGCUCUGGACCUUAUGAAACUAGUUCACAACUACAAGGACAGGAUUUUCUAUCAUCUGUAAACAACAACAAGGAACUAUUAUCCACUGCUAAUUUGAAUGGAGAAGAAUCCAAGAAAUCAGAAGAGGAUAUAUCAGAAAAAUCUUCUUUAGAUAUAAAAGAAGAUUGUGUUAAGAUUGAGACAAUCGAUGCUGACAACCAAGGUGCAAUACUUACUGAAGGUUUCAUUGACUCCAAUCUUUUAGAAUGGACAGAUGGUAUAGGCACUCUACCAGGAACAGAUAUGAAAUUUAAAAUCAAUGAGUUUGGAGAUCUAGAACUAGUGGAUGAUGGAACAUCAGUAAAGUUUGAUUCAGAUUCUCAGAGUCCAGCAGUAGAAGUACAUAAAAAAGACAACAUUUCUGAAGGGGUUGAUAUCAAAGUCUCCUCAGUCACAGAUCCUGCAGAACUUUCUGAGCAUGAAGGAGAUCCCAUUUGUUGUUGUGUUUAUUGUGGUCGCUAUGGAUACAAGAGUAAUUUCAGAACAUCAGGAAGGUUUUGUUCCCAGUCUUGUGCUGGAAAGAAAAAUCUUCACAGAAAGCAAAUGUUAAUGUCAAAGAUGAUGAUGGGAAUGAAAAACAAGAAAAAAAAGUUGAUUCUAUCUGGAGAAAUGAAAACUGUCAGCAAGGAUUCUGCUAAUGAAGUUUCUGUUCCAAACAAUUCUGAGAAAAAACUUCAGAGUUUUGACUGGGAUCAAUAUUUAGCAGAAACUGGAGCUGUAGGAGCUCCUAAAAGAUUAUUCAAAGAUCCAUUUCCAAGUAAUCGCAAUGGUUUCCGUUUAGGUAUGAGAUUAGAAGGAGUUGAUCCUAAGCAUCAGUCUUUGUACUGUGUGCUAAGUGUUGCUGAAGUUCAAGGCUACAGGCUUCGACUUCACUUUGAUGGUUUUUCUGAAUGCUAUGAUUUCUGGGUCAAUGCAGACUCACCCUUUAUUUUUCCAGUUGGAUGGGCAGAAAAAAAUGGAAAAACUUUGGAACCACCCAAAAAUGUAGCUAUAGAAGAAUUUAACUGGACUAAUUAUUUGAAGCAAAUCAGGGCUGUUGCUGCCCCCAAGAGUUUAUUUGUAAAUCAGCCUUUGUCAGUGACACCCUCAGCUUUUCGUGCGGGUAUGAAACUGGAAGCUGUUGACAAGAAAAACUCGAGUUUAAUUUGUGUUGCAACUGUGACAGACACCAUUGGAGAUAGAAUUCUCAUCCACUUUGAUGGUUGGGAAGACCUUUAUGAUUACUGGUGUGAUAUAACCUCCCCUUCCAUCCAUCCAGUGGGCUGGUGCAAGUCUAAUGGUCAUUCACUUUCUGCACCACCAGAAUAUGGAGACAAACUGGACUUUGAUUGGGAAACUUAUCUAGCUGAAACUAAAUCAACUGCAGUUCCUGCUCGAGCAUUUAAAACAAGAAGUCCAGUGGGUUUUGAGAAAGGCAUGAAAGUAGAAGUGGUAGAUAAGAGAAAUCCUAUUUUGGUGAGAGCUGCUACUGUUGCUGAUGUUCAAGAGCAUCGAGUGUUGAUUCACUUUGAUGGUUGGGACAACAUUUAUGAUUAUUGGAUAGAUGAUGACAGCACUGAUCUUCACCCCAUUUACUGGUGUGCUAAAACAUUCCAUCCACUGCAGAGUCCGAUUGAUCCAAAAAGUCUCAAAAAUAAUAUUGAAGCAGGGGGUUGUCCAACAGCUGGUUGCAAAGGAGUAGGUCAUAUAAAGGGAGCAAAAUACACAGGUCAUCAUAGCGCCUUUGGGUGUCCUUAUUCUGAAGUGAAUAUGAGUAAAGACACAGCACUCACUGAUCGACUUGGUUCUUCUAGAUCUGAAGAGGGUAGUAAUUUACUAAUGAGGCAGGACUCAGCUACUGAUAUUAGGAAGUGUCCAACUCCAGGGUGUGAUGGCCUUGGUCAUGUGACUGGCAAGUUUACAUCCCAUCACUGUUUGUCUGGCUGUCCACUUGCUGAGAGAAAUCUGAUCAAAAUCAAACAAGAGCCUGGUGUUGAACCUCGGCCAGUUGGUCGACCUGGUAGGGGCAGAAAAAGAAAAAUAUUUACCACAACUCCCCCAUUGCCAGUGGAGAAAAAAAUGAUUAAAACUGAGCCUUUAGAUGUUUGUGAGGAAGGAAGUUCAUUGCAAGCAAGCAUACACGAGUCAGUGUUCCAAUCAUCAGCCAUGAGCCUACCUUCUAAUGACCAACCACUGUGCUGGGAGCAUCACGCUAAGCUACUUCCUGGUCUUUUGGAAGUGAACCAGAGCCAAGUUAGCAGCUGGUCAGUUGACCAGGUAGCAGACUUUGUGUACAAACUGACAGGCAAAGAAGAUCAGGCACAGAAGUUUAAAGAGGAGCAAGUGGAUGGAGACUCGUUUCUACUGCUUCAACAAAAUGAUCUGUUAAACUUCUUGAACAUCAAGCUGGGCCCUGCUAUCAAAAUUUUCAACAGUAUUUUGGUUUUGAAAGCUGCUAGUGAAUCCUUGACUUAGGACAAGAGUUUAAAUGUCAAACCUUUUUGUUUUAUCCUACAGUUUCAUUUCGUUCAGUUUCAUUUCAUCGAAAUGAGUUGAGAAAAAAUUCUUUAUUGUGAUGGGCUUUCAUGGCCUGGCAGCCACUUUUGUGACCGUUGUGUAUUUCUUGAAAUGUGUGCCAUAUUUUUAGUUCUUACUGUGGUUGUAAAUAGAGCUGCUGAUUUGAAAUAUUUGUGAAGGAGCCGCCCCCCCCCCCCCUUCCCCCUCAUUUUUUUUUUUUUUGUAGUUUAUCAAAUUAGCGUGGCUUUAACUAAUGUUUUAGUCAGCUGUUGUAGAAUUGAAAUGUAACUUUGUUGCAUAUUGAAUGUUUAAUUGAAUAUACUAUGAGUCUUUAUACUUAAACGUUUUGUUGUAUUCAUUAGCAUUUAACACUAAUGUAAGUAUUAGAAAUAUGAAUUUUUCAAAACGUAUGUUUAAUAUCUUUACAGUUAAUAAUGUUUUAAGUUUAAAUUUACAGGUUCAUUUUUUUUAGCUGCACACAUUUCAGAUAACCAUGACAAUGUUAUUAACAAAAUACAAUUUUCUGUUUUAAAUUUCUUAGUUAUAAUUAUUUGUGGUAUUUAUUAUUUAGUUGAAACACUUGCACACCAUGCUCUUUGAAAGAGAUUGAUAAAACCUUACGUCAGUGUGAUGAAACUUUUAGGAGCAAGCCAUGUUAUUCUAUUUUGGUUAGUUGAAUUCAAAAGUUGUUUUGUGAAGCUGUCUAGUGUAUAAACUUCAAAAUCAUGUGACAGUGAUGGACAAAUAUUAAAAAGUUGCAGCUGCCAACAUGAUAAGUCAAUUGAAAGUUUCACCUGUCUUAUAGGAAAACCACAGUUAAGUCAAGAAUAUUUUAUUUAAUAUUUGAAUACUUAAACAAUAGUAAUGCUAAACUUUUGAUAUAACCUUGGAAUGUUAAUAAAUACUUUGUAUUUUUUUUUAAUGAAUCUUAUUAUGCUAUGCUUCAUUACUAUAAGUACAAAAAUAAAUUUAUGCUAGACAAUGUAUAUAUAUAUACAUAUAUAUAUGUGUGUGUGUUAGUGUGUGUACAAACAACUAAGUACACAUUGUUUUACACAUAGUAACCUGACAUGAUCUAUUUAAAUAGAGACUGACAAAACUGCAAGAAACUCAUUGUCCUUUCAUCUAAAUAUUUUUUUUCUUUGAUUUCUUCACCAUCCUUUUAUGUCCUUCAAACUAUUGUUUCAUGCAAAUUUAAAACAAACAUUUUAUUUGUCUGAAAAUGUUUGAUUUGUCUGUUAUAUUGCAUGUUAUGAAAUGCUUUGUUAUUAACUUAUUAUCGAAAUUAUGAAUACGAACUUAAUGUGGCUGAUUGCACAAAUCAAGUGCAGUAUUAAUGUCUUUUUCACCCCAUGUGUUGCUUCUGUGCAUUAGCUUUCAACCAAUUCUGUAACAAGUUUUAUUUGAAAACAAAAUAAGAGCAGCAUGUCCCAGAAUGUUAUUUACCUAAUUGUAUUUUUGUUUACUGCUGUAGAUUUCAGGACAUUUGACAUCAGUUCAAAUGAAUUGUUUUCUUCUUCUCACUUCUUAUAUCAAGAAAACAUGGAAUGAACAUUUUUUCCAAUGUCAUUGCUUCAUUCGUUCUGCUUAAAAAUCAAAAUGUUUUUAAUUUUUAAAAUUGUUUAUUUUGUUUUGUUUCCUUUGAUCUCUUGUAUGUGUUUGUUGUUUUAAACUAUUAGCCAUCCUUUAGUUGAACAUUCCUCAACUCACAUCCCUCUCUGAUGUAGUGUUUACAUUUUGUAGCAACUAACCAGCCAGGUAGUGGAUUAGUUGUAAACUUUUGGGCUGCCCUUGUUUUAUUCAUACAUAUCACUCACAAUGAUGGUCAUUUUUUUAACAUUUUUUGUUCAUUUCCAGCAGUGAGGAUGCAUACCUCCUAAACUGGCAGACGUGGUUGCCAAAGAACUUUGAUAUCAAAAAAAGAAAUGUUGAUUUUUGGGUUCAUUUAAAACAUCCCCCCCCCCCUCUUUUACUUCUUCUUGAUGCAUUGUCACUGACCUAAAUACUCCCUGUUUUGAUUUGUUCUUAGCUAGCACGCACCAACUUAUCUCUACCACAUAGAAUUAUUUUGUUCCUUUAAUAGAUAACUUGGAGGAUUGUGUAUUAAAUUGUGCAUCUUGUUAAGCACUUGUUCUAAAGUAACUAGUAAUAGAACUGUGUUCAUCUUUACUUGACAAAGUUCACUUAGUACCCUCAACAUUAUUCCAUUGAUUCAAUGCUGCUGGUGGGAGACUUUGCUUUGUCUGAAAGUUGGCGUCUCUCUCCAAAAUAUCUGCACUGACUACAAGUAAUUUAGGCUAUUGAUGGGUGUUUAGAAUUAGGGUUAGUAGGAAUGGGUUAUGUCCUUCAACAAUGUAACUUUUUUUUAAUAAGUGUCAAAUAAUUUGCUUUAAAGUUCUAUCCUUAUUUGUGCCCAAAUACUAGGUCUAAUACUAGGCCAUUAGGAGAUGGUAAGUAAAUAAGUUGGCUGCUGAACUGUUGUAUUUAUAAUAUAAACAUUUCAUUUUGUUGCAUUUACUACAUUGGUGCUGAAAGACUUUUUGUAUGUCUGCUCAUGACAUUUUGUAUUGAGUUGUCUUCUCACUGAAACAUCUUGUACCAUUCAAAAUGGAACUAUUGCCGUCUGUGGAAAGUUCAGUGCUGAUACUAUUACAAAAUCUGUGAUUUCUUUGUAGGGUGCCUUUUUAUAUCCAUCGUUCCACUCACUUUUCUCCAUGGUUAUAUUUAAAGUUCAAACUCAGUAAAUGACUCAAAUUUAAAUGUACUAAUAGAAAUUACAGUUUGAUUUGUACAUUUUUUCUCUCCAUGUUUCUAGAUCAAUAUUUUAUACUCCAUUAUUAAACAUGUGUGAGGCUCAAAAUCCAAUAUUAUCCACUAUGUCAUUUUAUUUCUUUAUUACCACUGAGCAUAAUAUUUGUUUUUAAUCUGUGGAUAGAUAAGUCAUAAGUAGAUGCAUCAUGAAUAAUGUACAAUGACAGAAAAUCAUUGUUUUGUUUGUACAAAAUAUAUUUGGCACUCACAAAGUGUGUGUGUUCUAAUGUAAAACAUUUUUUUUCCCUGUUAUCUUAUAGCUUUGCAGUCAUCAUUUGCUCAUUAAAAAACAUUAUUCAGUGCUAAAUUGUUUGAGUCUUCUUGUUAAAUCAGGUCAGUUAGACAAUUAUACUUAAUAAGUGAACAAGAUAUUAGUAAUUGUACUUAUGGACCUAUAGAUAAAGAAGUAUAACAAUAAAGAGGAUAACAUUGAACACAUGAUUCAUCUUAACUUUUGAAAUACAGACGUUACUUCAAAAAAGAAAAAUGAUUACAUCCAACGCUGUCAAUCUAGUCAUGCUUGUUAAUAAAUGACUUAAAUUUGGCCAAGUUAUUGGUUUUCCUGGUUGACUCAGGCAAGCCAUUCCAUGCUCUAAUAGCACUAGGAAAGAAGGAGCAUUUGUACAAAUUUAUCCUAGCAUAUGGAACAAGGAAUGUGCCUUUC